GGAAAGGUCAAUUCCUCUACAUUCGCUCCCUCGCAGAGUAGGUUCUGAUGCCUAUCUCCUGUUAGGCUACUUCGUCGAAGUUGGACAGAGUUCAUCGUGUGGCGAAUGGCGAUGCAUGUCGAUGAAAACUGUGGUCCCCCUUCUCCCGUCUGUGGAUGAGCAUCCCCUUCUCCUUUCUGGCAUCAAAAACCCCGUAAAAAAGCACACAGAUGAAAAAGACCCCCAAGGCCACAGACACUUGUCCCUUCUUGCUUCCAAUCUUCUGCUCUCUCUUCUCCCAGUUUGAUUUCCCUUUCAAUUCAAGAAACCGCCAUGGCCGCGCACCUACACUCCGAGCUCCUUCGCCGGCCCUGACGCCAAGAAGCGGCAGCAGCUGCUCGGAAUCCGGGAUCUUUCCUCCCCUUUGAUUUGGCUGCGGGUUCUUGGGCGUGGAGAGGAUGACGAGGGGAGGUGGAGGGAAGGCGGAAGAGCAGGGGAAGGUGAUGGGGCCGCUGUUCCCGCGGCUCCACGUCAGCGACGCCGGCAAGGGCGGCGGGCUGCGGGCGCCGCCCAGGAACAAGAUGGCGCUAUACGAGCAGUUCACCGUGCCGUCCAACCGCUUCAGCUCCUCCGCCUCGACACGCGCCGGCAGGGGCAGCCUCGUGCCCUCGACGUCGGCGAGCCAGGUUUAUGGGUAUGACAGGCCUCUGUUCCAGGCCUUUGAUGCGCCUUCAAAUGAACCUGCUCGUUCAUCUGAAAAGAUAAAAGGAAACUCUAUUAACGGGCAGUCUAAUAGUACAAGGAGAGAAUCUGGAAGGCUAUCCUCACAGACCAAGAUCAAUGACGUUUAUGCUGCAAGAUCAAUUGCUGAGUGCACCUCACAGCAUAGAGUGGGCAGCAUCAUCAAGAAUUCUUCUGGGAAGAAAAUGGCCAAUGAUGACGAAUUUAUGGUUCCUUCAAUCUGUUCUCCCAGUUUUCCUCAACAUUCUAUUCAAGGGCAUGCAGGGGUUCAAGAGCAAUUGAAACCCCUAUGUGCUACAAAUCCACACAAAAAUCCUGCAAUGUCCAAAUCAUCUGCAAAAUGUGACAACGCUGUGAGCAGGCACUUGGAGGGAGUCAAUGUUUCUGAUAUGAGAUCACUGAGCUCUCCAAAAGUUAAUGAGAAAGAACCAGUGCAAGUAGCGAAAAGUGUGCAAGUUGAAGAAAAGAAUUUAUCAAUUCAGGCACCCAAAGAUAAGUGUAGCAACAAAGAUGCUAAAGUAUGUUCAAAGAGGGAUAAGGCGAGUGAUACAAAUAGUUCUGAUAACCUACAUCUUGUAAAUAGUAGGCGUCAACGUACAAGCAUGAAUGGAAGUUCCAUGAAAACACAGAACCCUACAGCAACUAAAAAUACAGUUUCCUGUAAACCAUGUACUGAUUUCAAUGACUGUAACCGGAAUUCUAAUUUACUGGAAGGAAGUUUAAGGGAAGCUGGCGCAAAGAGAAAACGGUCACUAAGACAUCAUGAUGUAGGGCAAAAUGAUGAUUUAUCGGACUCAGUGGAAUGUAUACCUGGGUGGGAGAUUUCUCCAGAUGAAAUUGUUGGUGCUAUUGGUCCUAAGCAUUUCUGGAAGGCAAGAAAAACUAUCCAGAAUCAGCAGAGGGUUUUUGCUGUCCAAGUAUUCGAGCUGCAUAAGUUGAUAAAACAGGUGCAGAAGCUAAUUGCAGCAUCUCCACAUCUGCUUAUUGAAGGUGAUCCUUGCCUUGGCAAUGUCUUAGCGGGAAAGAAGAACAAGCUGCCUAAAGGAAAUCUGAAAGCGCAAACCUUGUCAAUCGCAAACAAGGAUGAUAUUCAGCCAACACUAGAGCAACCAGAAUUAUCAAAAGAAAACACUGAAGGAAACUUGCCGUCCCCUUCUCGUGAUGAUGUGCUUGGCGGCAACCAUCAUGAUCAAGCAGCAAUGAAUGAAGCUUUUUCUAGCAACCCUCCAGCUAUGCCUGCUGCUCCUGACAACAAACAGAAUAACUGGUGCAUGAAUCCACCACAAAACCAGUGGCUUGUCCCAGUUAUGUCUCCUUCUGAAGGUCUUGUCUAUAAGCCUUAUACUGGGCCGUGCCCUCCAGUUGGAAGUUUGUUGACGCCAUUUUAUCCCAACUGUACUCCUCUAAGCCUCCCUUCUACAGCAUAUGGUUUUCCUAUGCCUCACCAGCCACAACAUAUGGCCCCUCCUGGUGCUUCUGCCAUGCCUAUGAACUACAACUACUUCCCGCCUUUCAGUUUGCCAGUGAUGAACCCAGUGGCACCAGCAUCUACAGUUGAGCAAGGGAGCGAUGCUGCUGCCUCACAGCCUAAUGGGCACGUAGAACAACAGUCGCGGAUCUCAUGUAACAUGUCGCACCCAAGUGGCAUUUGGAGAUUUCAUGCAUCAAGGGACAGUGAGCCGCAAGUCAGCAGCACCAGCAGCCCUUUUGACAGGCUUCAAGGUGAUGGUAGUGGCCCAGUGUCAUUCUUUCCUGCUGCUUCAGUUCAGAAUGCCAAGCCUCAGCCCUCAUCUGGAAUCCAGGACAAGCAAAGCCAUGUGAUCAGGGUUGUUCCGCAUAACGCACAGACUGCUUCAAAGUCAGCAGCAUGGAUUUUCCGGUCAAUACAGAUGGAGAGGCAGCAAAACGGCUCGUAGCUGGUAAUUAUAUGUCAAAGGUUCCAUAUGAUGACAGUGUGAAUGUAGUUUCGAGCUCAUCUAUAUUGUGGCGACUCCUAUAUCCUGACCAGUGAUUGUACCUACUUGAUCAUCCUACAUUGGAAGAUACAAUCUUGUAUCCAGUGCAGAUUUGUAACGCAGGGUCUGCAAAGUGAUGGCCCUGUAGCUAUGAGCCUGCUAUGAUUAUGUAGUGACCGGAACUAGGUAUAUAUAUAUAUAGCAUACUUUACCAUUGUGUUCAUCAGCUGUGUUUCUGUACCUUGCAAUAGACAAUGAGUGGUACCGUAGGAAGAAGCAGCCAGAAAUGUCUGGUGCUGGUAUGUGGGGGAGGUGGAUUGUGUGUAUACUGGUAGUAUAGGCUGCUGUACAAUUCACAGGGUCAAUCUAUGUUGCACAUUAACUGUGUCAAAGCUGUAAGACAUGAUGCUGGCGAAUGAAGCAGAUUACAGAGGCUAUUAUGCGGGAAAUAAUUUUUUGCCUGUUUUCUGUUCAGAACUUUGGUUGUGGAGUGAACAAAGAGAUCUGGGUUGUUAUUUAUCCAUGACUAGUUCUUUGUUU